UGAUCAUCCAGCAGGCGGCAAUAUUUUACUCCUACUCAUCUACAGUACAGUAUAUCUUCUCUACUCUAGCAGAGAGGACUUCCCUGUGCUGUGCAUGAUCAGAGGUUUCAGACAGACAUGGGGCCAGGCACUGCAUGGUGUAGAAUAAGAAGAAGCUGGGCUGAUCCGUGUCAGCAGCGUCGGCGACGUGCUGGACUGCUCGCUCCGCUCGGCGCCACGGCGUAAAGCUGAUCGAGCCGCCGUCCCCGCCGCGCCGCCCUGCCGUACGACCCCACGGGGGUGGGGAGGGGGGAUCGAGCUAAGCUGCUAGUGGGGGCGCCGCCGCUUCGUCCUGGAGUGGCCGCGGCGCUGUACGCUAGCUAGUAACCGGGGGGGACUAUGAGUUGGUCUCCUUGGCUAGCGCGUUUGUUGGCUUCCCUCUCCGUGUGAUUCUUGGGGGGAAUCUUUCUCAUGAGCUGGUGCGCCGCUGCAACCCACGCGUCAAGUUCGCCCGGGCCUAAUCCCUUCGCCCGCAUAUCCGCUCCGCUCUUUCGCCGCCGCCGCUGCCGCUAGAGUUGAAUUUUGACGGUUUGGGGGACGUACUGAUCGCUGCAGAGAGGUGGCAGAGUUUUCUCCUAGAGUUCCUCCUCCGGUCGUCGCCGUAAACUUCGCCGUUUCCUGUAAUUUCCUGCUUCUUUUCGCUGCAUGCUGCUUGUCCUGCAAAGUCUCUCGCUUUAAUCCCGUGCCUUUCCGAGAAUCGCGUUUGGGAUUUCUUUUUUAAGUCUCUCGGUCCUGGAUUGCACGUACAAUUCGCCAUUCCUUUUCUGCCGGGAGCCCUGGGCUACGGUACAAGAGAAAAGCUUUAUGCAGCGUUUCUUGCUCUAGGCCUCUUCUCCUUCGCUUGUCCGGCCAGAAGCUCUUUCUUCACAUUUGCUUCUUCUGAAAGAGGAAUCAUAGCGGCAUGGGUCGUAUCAUUAGAUGGCUCAAGAAGCUACUGACUGGCCGGAAGGAAGCACACAAAGGCCUCAAGGAGAACCACGCCGUGAGCGACGGGGCGGAGAAGGAGAAGAGCAGGUGGAGCUUCGCGAAGCACAGGAGGAGUGGGGUAGACAGCGGCAGGCGGCCAUCGGAGGCCGCCUUAGCCGCCGUCGCCGCAGUAGCAGUAGAGCCUUCGGAAGUGAGGCGGCCGUGCCAUUGUGGCGAGGUGGAAAAUGCCAUAGCUCGGCGGGAGAAGGCGGCCAUGGUGAUCCAGAAAGCUUACAGAGGCUACCUGGCUAGGAAAGCGCUUCGCGCUCUCAGGUCUCUCGUCAAGCUGCAGGCUCUGGUCCGUGGCUACCUCGUGAGGAAGCAGGCUGCCACGACUCUGCACAGGCUGCAGGCGCUCAUGCGGCAGCAGGCCUCCUCCCGCGCCGCCACGAGAGCUUCCUACCGGAAAUCCAUGGAGCAGGAGAGGAUCUCUGUGGAGGAGACCCGGUUGAAGACGACGACGCCGGGGCACCGCCGGAGGCUCUCCGACAGCGCGGACUCCAACUACGAGCGCAGCCCGCGGAUCGUCGAGAUGGACACGUGCCACCGCCGCUCUCGGUCCUCCCGGAUAGCCAUCCGGCACUCCCGCGAUCACUCGUCGGACUGCCUCACCCCGGCGCCCAUGCCGCCGGCGCCGCUGUCGUGCUCGUCGCCGAUCUCCAUCAAGCAGCCCCCACGCCUGUCGAUCCAGCGGAGCCAGCACCACGAGCGCGACACCCGGCACGCCAAGACGGCGCACAACACCCCGCGCCUCGGCGCCCCGCCGUACGGCAGCUCGCCCGCCAACAAGAGCGUCGACGGCAUGGCGAGGGCGCGGCUCUCGCACCGGGACGCGCUCGGCAGCCCGCGCUACAUGGCCGGCACGGCCUCGUCAGCGGCGAGGACGCGGUGCCAGAGCGCGCCCAGGCAGCGACAGGCCGCCGAGGCGCCGGCGAGGUCGAGGAGAUCGUGCUCGCGGACGACGCAGGACAGCGGCUUCUGCUUCGAGUGCUCCGAGGACUCCCGCCCCGGCUACUCCGAGGAGCUCAGCGACGAGGCGGCCAGAGAUUACUACUUGGACAGAAUGUGGUGACCAGAUGCAAGACUGUUUUGCCUUGGAUGUCAUGUUACUAGUGCUCAAAAUCUAGAGUCUCCAAAAUUUCGUACAUACUAAUCCAAAUGUGCUUAGGUCAAGGCAUAAUACAAGUUUGAAUCAAUGAAAAUGUUUUAUGGCAUAUGAGGGAAUGAAAUUCUCUACUUAAGCCAACAAA